UCUCAUCUCUCAUCUCUCUAUCUCUCUUUUCUCUAUCAGAAACGCACAAUCACACAGACAAGAUGGAUAAAAAGCCAUGCAAUAGUUCAUCCCAGGAUGUUGAAGUGAGAAAAGGGCCAUGGACCAUGGAAGAAGAUUUGAUUCUGAUCAACUAUAUUGCAAAUCACGGUGAAGGUGUAUGGAACUCCCUAGCCAAAGCUGCUGGUCUCAAACGUACUGGGAAGAGUUGCCGGCUCCGGUGGCUAAACUAUCUGCGGCCUGAUGUUAGGAGAGGCAAUAUUACACCUGAGGAACAACUUUUGAUUAUGGAACUGCAUGCCAAGUGGGGAAACAGGUGGUCGAAAAUCGCAAAACAUCUGCCAGGACGGACCGAUAACGAAAUCAAGAACUAUUGGAGGACUAGAAUUCAAAAGCACAUUAAGCAAGCAGAGAAUAAUAUUAUACCUGGACAAAGCUCCGAGGUGAAUGAUCAAGCAAGCACAAGUCAGGUGUCGAUCUCCAGCGCUGCUGUGGACACAAUGGAAAUUACCCACGCCGCACCGGCUAAUUACCCACCAAACAUGGAUGCUUAUCCUUCUUCUUUACCUGCUGAUCACUCCCAUGAAAACUACUGGAGCAUUGAGGAUCUCUGGUCUAUGCAGUUACUAAAUGGAGAGUAAUUAAGCAACCCAAAUCAUAUAUUAUGCUCCAA